CUCAUGCUCGGCUCACCCUCUUAUCAAACGCAGUUUCAGUUCAGUCACAGAACUUCGCCAGUUUGCAUAAUCCAAAGCAAGCAUGGUUUCGAAAGCGGUUUGCGUGCUGAAAGGUACCGGCGAAGUGACUGGCACUGUCUAUUUUGUCCAAGAGGGCUAUGCUGUCAAGGUCACUGGUGAAAUCACUGGCCUUACACCUGGAGGGCACGGUUUCCAUGUCCAUGCUUUUGGAGACAACACAAAUGGCUGCAUUAGUGCAGGACCACACUUCAACCCUCACGAGAAUAAUCACGGGGCGCCCACUGAUGAAAAGAGACACGUCGGGGACCUUGGUAAUGUGACAGCUGGUGGCAAUGGGGUUGCAAAAAUCAACAUUGUGGACAAAUUUCUGACACUGACAGGGCCUCACUCCAUCAUCGGAAGGACCAUGGUGACUUGCUGUGUAUAUUCUGCUCUAGAUCCAUGAGAAGGAAGAUGACUUGGGGAAAGGUGGUGAUGAUGAAAGUCUUAAAACGGGCAACGCUGGAAGUCGUCUGGCCUGUGGGGUUAUAGGCAUCACCCAGUAAAGCCCAGAUCCAGUCUAGAAAUAUGGUGACCAAUGUAUAGAUGUCUCCUGAAAGCACUUAGUCCAUUCAAAGUCAAUUUCUAUUUUUGCAAGUUAAUGUGUGAAGAAUAGUAUAGCCAUAAUUUACUCUUUUUCUGAGUACUCUUCUCUGUGUUUGCUAAAUGGGUUCCAUCUGUCUUAUAUCUGCAGAAUGAUGUUCAUUUCCAAUGAUGUUUGCUUGACUCAAUAAACAGUCAGUUUACUGGU